AUGUUGAACUACCUCACGCGAUAUCCCGGGAAAUCUACGAGCAUCUUAAAAGGAAAGGGCGGUCUGUGGUGUUCACUAAUUCUCGUCUCAAAACUGCUGAAGGAUGUACGACCUACUUCUGACACUUAUUUUGCUAUCACCGUUCCGCUAGACGUAGGUCCCUCAACGAUUAUUUACAUUGACCGUCUGGCACAUUGUCAACAACCUCCGACUUUUUCUAAAUUGUGA